AGAAAAUACGGAAAGAUUGAGGAAAGCCAUGGUUAUACCCUGCUGCAUCAAACACUGUAGGCCAACACAGAAGACCUAAAAUGGGAACUGUUCAAACCACCAUGCUGCACACUAGGGUCUGAUCUUGAGAAGCCCUUUUUCCUUAUAAGUGUAAAGUUGUUUUUGUCUGCUUUCCAUUUCCUUCAAGGUAAACCUCUGGCCAGGAUCCCUUCCUAUAUUACCCUUCUAAUCGAGACCCAUCUUUUGUUUUUACUUCAUUAUGGCCAGUUGGCUCGGCAUUUCCUCCUCUCCCACUGCCAGCCUUUCCUGUCUACUUCUUCUCCUUCUGCCCUCACUCCUGCUCCUAUACCUACCCACCCCAACCCAAGCUGAUUGCUGGCUCAUUGAGGGAGACAAGGGCUAUGUAUGGCUGGCCAUCUGCAGCCAAAAUCAGCCCCCCUAUGAGACCAUCCCCCAGCACAUCAAUAACACGGUCCAUGACCUGCGCCUCAAUGAGAACAAGCUGAAGGCCAUCUUCUUUACCUCACUGAGCCGCUUCACUAACCUGACGGAUUUGAACCUCACCAAGAAUGAGAUCUCCUACAUUGAGGAUGGGGCCUUUGCAGGACAGGCCAACCUGCAGGUGCUGCAGCUGGGCUACAACAAGUUGACAAACCUGACAGAGGGUAUGCUCAGAGGCCUGGGGCGCAUGCAGUGUCUCUUUGUGCAGCACAACCUCAUUGAGGUCAUUGCCUAUAAUGCCUUUUGGGAGUGUCCCAGCCUCAGCAGCCUGGACCUGUCCUCCAACAAGCUAACUCGCCUGGACCCAUCCACCUUUACCAGUCUUAGUAGAUUGAUGGUGUGUGAACUUGCAGGGAAUCCCUUCCACUGUGGAUGCGAGCUGUAUGGUUUCCUCACCUGGCUGGAGGUCUUCAACAACGUGACCCACACUUAUGACCGACUGCAGUGUGAGACUCCUCGGGAGUUCUUUGGCUUUCCGUUGCUCAGUCCAGUUGCAGGCCAUGGGCGCAAUGCCCGUGUCAUACUGUCCUCAAUGUGCCGGGAUGGAAUGAUAAUCCCUGGCAUCACCUCGCUACCACCUGACUCAGAUGCUUCAGGCCUCGGCCCAGAUAUAUCAGAUCGUGUGGGACUUUACCACCAACCCACUGCCUCAUCCACCACAGACCCCACCUACAGUCCUAGCAUUAAGCUUCAGGAUGUCUCCCUGUCAUCUGCCUCCUUGCUGGUACAGAUCCCCAGGCCAUACACUAAGAUGUACAUCCUUGUGCAGUACAACAACACGUAUGUGUCUGAUGUCAUGAACCUGAAGAAUAAAAAGGAAAUUGUCACCCUUAACAACCUCAAGGGACACACCAACUACACAUUUUGCGUUGCGUCCAUCCGCAAUUCCCAGCGCUACAACCAUACGUGCCUCCAAUUUGCCACACGAACGCAGAGCCCUGAUGAUAUGCGCCCCAGCUCUUCCACUACUACACACUACAUCAUGACUAUUUUAGGUUGUCUAUUUGGAAUGGUCAUUGUGUUGGGGCUGGUCUACUACUGCCUACGCAAGCGACGUAUGCAGGAAGAAAAGCAGAAGUCAAUAAGCGUCAAAAAGACCAUCCUAGAGAUGCGCUAUGGCCCUGAGGCUGCAGCAGCUGCUGCCAAUGAUCCAUCAGUUGUCCACAAACUUCACGAGCAAGCACACCACCAGCAUCACCACAGCAAGCUUCCUCCUUCCUCCUCCACCAGCUCCGGGAUGUUGCAAGGCUCAGCCAACACCAGCUCCUCCCGACUGUCUUCCAUCCCUCAAGUGGAGAAGAUGUCCACCGCGUUCUCUGAAGCUGUGACCGCGAACAAGGGAAACUACAUGGAUGUGAGGACUUCUGCAACUGGGGAGGAAAGGGUUAGAGAUGGAGGUAUGUCAAGCAUGGGGGGUGAGAACCUGCGACAGGAUGAUAGGACAGAAAUGGGAGAGGACUCUGAUGAUGAUGGUCAAGGCUCUGCGUCAGAGAUUUCAACUAUUGCUAAGGAAGUGGACAAGGUCAACCAGAUCAUCAACAAUUGCAUUGAUGCACUCAAGCUGGAUUCUGCAGGUACUGCUUCCACAGCAACAGAUAACCCCAACUCUCAGGCACCAUCCUGCAUCUCCUUAGGCAAAGGACUUAUCCCACUUGCUUCUGGGAUUACAGAGGCUUGCCAGAUUGUUGCAUCUCCCAAAAUUCCACCACCACCCCCUCUUCCUCUUGUCCUUCCACUUUCUGAACGGCCAGGCAUCAGUGGUGGGGGAUUCCUUUCUCCGCCCUACCGGGAACCUCCACCAGCUACGGCUGCCCGACCAAUUCAGAGACAGAUGAGUGCGGAUGCAGCUGUUGUGAUGAUGGGCCCUGUCAAGAGCCGCUGCAAUGCCUCCUCCAACAUGUCCACUAAAAACACUCGUGUCUUCAGCCUAGAUGUUCCUGAGCCCCACAGUCCAGACUCCUGCAAAUAUCCAGACAAAAACAGUCCCAUUGGUUGUGGGGAGCCCCUGGAGAGACUACCCCUGGUAGUCAACCAAGGAAGUAGUGGCAGUAGUGGUGGGGGUGGUGUUGGCAGUGGGGUUAACAGUGGGUGCAAUACAAGCAGUGGGGGAGUGAACACUGGUGCGCAGCACCACCUAGAGGUGCAGCCUGAUUACCACUGCUCGGAACAUAGGCACUCCUUCCCAGCCCUCUACUAUGAGAGUGCUGCUGACUCACCCAUUCAGAAAGUCUCCUUCCUCAAGCCCCUUUCUCGCACCAAGAGGGACGCUGCCUACUCCCAGCUCUCACCUCGUCACAACAACUACUCGGGCUACUCUUCAAGCCCUGAGUAUUCCACUGAAAACACGCUCAGGAUCUGGGAGCGCUUCCGUCCUUAUAAGAAGAAUCCUCGUGAGGAGGCUUCCUACAUCGCCGCUGGCCACGCCCUCCGGAAGAAGGUACAGUUUGCCAAGGAUGAGGAUCUGCAUGACAUCCUUGACUACUGGAAGGGUGUCUCAGCACAGCAGAAGCUGUGAGGGGUGGGGGCACAGUAGGAGGGAGACUCUCUUGAGAGCAAAGCAGACUCCUCCAUUGCCUGACAUUUUGAUCCUUGACAGAGCCUUAUUAUCCAUCUUAGGGAAGAGGUAAGGAAUGAUGGACCUUGUGUUGAUAAAGCAAGAAUCAAGUGGGUUUUCUUAGUCUCUAUUAGGUAUAAAUCAGAGAAUAGUUGAAACUGCAUAGGCCAAGUAUCAGAAGUACUGAA